AUGCCGGGAGGGCAGCAGCAGUCCCAGACUGGAGUCACAGGAGAUUCCACCUACGACACGGCGGCGGACGUUAAGAAGUGUUGGCGCCUUCGCAACAAGCUUCGCAACAAUAUUUGGCAGGUCGCAGGCCUUGGGUUUGCCGUGGUGAUCGUCAUACUGUUGUCUUUCUUUGCAGAGGUGUGUGCUUCAUCCGGGUUUGCCGGCCCACCAGGAGAGAAGGGGGCCACGGGGCCAGUUGGCCCUCGGUCUGCCGGACCUCCUGGCCCACGAGGAGAGAAGGGGGCAAGGGGUCCAGCUGGCCCUUGGUCUACCGGGCCCCCUGGGCCAGUUGGCCGACCAGGAGAGAGGGGGGCCACGGGGCCAGUUGGCCCUCGGUCUGCCGGACCUCCUGGGCCUCAAGGACAGAAGGGGGCAAUGGGGCCAGCUGGCCCUUGGUCUACCGGGCCCCCUGGGCCAGUUGGCCCUCCAGGGGAGAAGGGGGCCAGGGGGCCGAUUGGCCGCCCGGGAGAAAAGUGUGAAAUAGGACCAACUGCAUUUGUUGCAGCUUGUCCCAAAAGAGGUUAUCAGCAGUGGCGUGGAAUCUGCUACAAGGCAUUUGAUACUCCUAAAAAAUUCAGCAGAGCAACUGCGACCUGUCGUCAAGAUGGUGGCACCCUCCCCAUGCCCCGAGACGCAAAGACCAACGCUUUCCUGAUGUCCCUGUUUAAGACCACUACAGGCAGUGACCGUAGAUUCUGGCUCGGCCUCUCCGAUGAGCGCCAGGAAGGAGUGUUUGAGUGGGCGGACGGCGCUCCCCUUGGAGCGUAUGCCCCGGUAACCAAGGAGGCAGGUUGA